GGUAGUUGACAUUAUUAUUUAUUGAUGAUGCAUAUGACCUUCUAUUGGGGAACAACAGUGACGAUCUUAUUCGAUAUCUGGAAAACUAAUUCCAUAAACAGUUACAUCUUAACUCUCAUCUCCUGUUUCCUCUUCUCCGUUUUUUACCAAUUUCUCGAAGAUCGUCGUCUCCGAUUCAAACUCAUUUCGCUUACCAGAUCUAUAACGGUUAGUUCAUCCAUCGAUGCUCCUCUCCUUGUUCGCCGAUCAUCGUCAAGGUUUAGCGCUGUGAAGAUAGGAGGAGCUGUUCUAUUUGGAAUCAAUUCUGCCUUAGGUUAUUUGUUGAUGCUUGCUGUUAUGUCGUUUAAUGGAGGUGUUUUCAUAGCUGUUGUUGUUGGACUAGCUGUAGGGAAUUUGUUGUUUAGGAAUGGCGAUGAAGAUGUUGUCGUCGUUGAUAAUCCAUGCGCUUGUGCCUGAUUCAUUCAUUCAUUGAUCGCCGCCGGCGAGUCGUUUAGAUUUCUGAAUCUGAUUUUGUUGUUUUGGAUUUUGAUGAUUUAAUGGAAUGAGAUUUAUAUUUAUUAAUUAAUUGUUGUAUCAAAUUUUUAUUUUUA